UCAACAUGUUAGUGUCAAUCCUUAUCACUGCGGGCGCAGCUGCCGCAGUGCCUCUCGAGAGACGACAAUCCUCCAUACCUUCAAGCGUCCCAUCUUUCGUCACCGAAUUCGCACCAAUUUUUCGCCUUCACUCAGCGGAACUAUACAUGCCAUCCGACAUCUCUACUCACAUCGCCAACACAUCCCCAUACCUCAACCUCACAUCCCUCUCCCCAACAUCCUUCCCAAACCCACUCACCCUCUCCAACCUCGACCAACUCAACACAAUCCCAAACUCCAACUCCGGAAAAGACAUCUACCUCACCUCAACCUCAGACCCCACAACCUCCCCCCGCCCAGCAUACCUCUACGGCACCUCCCCAGACCCAAUCACCCAUGCCACCCCCAACACAACCGCCUCCACCAUAAUAACAGUCCUGAAACCCAACUCCACCCUCGACGCCUUCUAUUUCACAUUCUACUCCUUCAACGACGGCGGCCGCUACCCCUCUUUCGCCCCCAUCCUCAACAUCGGAAACCACGUCGGAGAUUGGGAACACAUCAUGAUCCGCUUCAUCCACGGAGUUCCCACAAGCGUUUAUUUCUCCCAACAUUCCAGCGGUCAAGCGAUUUCCUACGAAGCAGCAGAGAAAUGGGAGAAUACUGGACGUGUUGUGGCGUAUUAUUCGGGUGUUGAGUUGCCUGAGGGGCCGGUGGAGGAUUAUACGGAUGAUAAAGGGUUGGUGUGGGAUCCUACGAUCAAUGCGUAUUGGUUUGAGUAUGAAAUGGAGAGUGGGAAGUUUACUGCUUAUGAUGAUGGGGAGGGUGCGGAGACGCCUGUGAAUUGGCUGUACUUCGAUGGAAAGUGGGGAGAUAUGAAGUAUCCUGAAGACGAUGAACGACAGGAAUGCUUUUUGGGAAUUGAUGGGUUGUGUCAGUAUAGUGGAGGGCCUACGGGUCCGAAGGAUAAGGACUUGGGGAGGAAGGGUGUUUGUCCGGAUGGAGAGGAUGUUUGCGAGGCGUUGAGUGGGAUUUGA